AUGAAGUUCGACGACGUGUUGAGGCAACUGGGGGAGUUUGGCCCGUACCAGAAAUGGCUGUACCUUUUUCUCUGUCUACCAGCAAUACCACAGUCUCUCCAGGUUAUACAGGCAGUUGUGUUUCUGUUUGCAGUUCCUGAACAUAGGUGCGCUAUUCCAGGAUUUGCCAAUGACACCUACAAAAUCCAGAAUGACCUUCACGAACAACUCGUAAACCGCUCCAUUCCCAGGAUAUAUGGUUACUAUGGUAACGAAAAAUAUUCCCAGUGCCAACUGUAUCGACAGACCAAUGCCUCCAAUGUUUGGUCAACAAGAAAUAUCACAGAGCCAUGUAAUGCCUGGGUUUACGACCAAUCACAGUUCAUAUCCACGGUUUCAGAGACGAUGGGUUUUGUCUGCGGGAAAAAGUCCUUCGUGAGUCAUGCCAGAAUGCUGGGUAUGUUAGGGCAUUUGGUUGGAGGCCUCAUCAACGGACCACUGGCAGACAUGUUUGGAAGAAGGCCAGCUAUAAUCUGCAACAUGUUCUUCCUGGUGCUGCUCAGCAUCUGUUUGGUGUGGUCCAACUCAGCCGCCAUGGUCCUCUUCCUUGAUUUCGCCAUCCACAUCUGUGCCAUAGGCCAAUAUCUCGUGUGCUUCGUAUUUGGCAUGGAGAUAGUCGGUCCCUCUAAGCGUAUGUGGGCAGGGGUUGCCAUGAACCUCUUCUGGAGUUUGGGGAACCUUGUGACAGCACUAACGGCCCAUCUCUUCAGGGACUGGAAGACUCGACAGCUGAUUGUCAGUAUCCCGACGGUUGUUUUUGCUUAUGUAUAUUUUAUCCCAGAGUCUCCAAGAUGGCUUCUGAAACAUGGCAAAGGAGAAGAAGCUAAAAGAAUAGUUGCAAAUAUUGCGAAGAAAAACAAAGUUCAAAUAGAUCCACAAAUACUUGGUGAGGUCGAUAUCGAAAUGGAAGAGGUAAAACAAGAACCAUUCUGGAAUCUUUUGAAGUCUUCUGUGAUGGUGCGUCGAAUGAUCAUCAUCUGUUAUAAUUGGUUUGCAGUAGGAAUGAGUUUCUACGGCCUCAGCAUGAACGUCACCAACCUCUCUGGUAACAUCUACCUCAACUUUCUCUUGUUCGUCAUCGCAGAGGCUGUUGCAUACAUUUCUUGUUUUUUCCUAAUGGAUCGCAUUGGCCGCAAGUUGCUGCUGUCUAUGUCUCUGUUGGUAACAGGAGCAGCUUGCAUUCUUCCUUUGGUUCCAGUACUAGUUUCAGAUACACCGGAGAAAUGGGCCAUUAACAUCCUCGCCAUUGUAGGGAACAUGUGUGCCUCUGCUGCCAUGUGUGCCGUCUUCACCUUCACAGCUGAACUCAUGCCAACCACAUCAAGAACAUUUGGCAUGGCAUUAAGUUCCGUCUGUUGUAGAGUUGGAAGUCUACUUUCUCCCUACAUUGUUGGCUUGACGAUGUAUAUAUCAGGACGUUUCGGACAGAUUCUGCCCAUGCUGGUAUUCGGGGGUAUCGCCAUCUUGGCGGCCUUUCUGGCUCUGCUUCUCCCGGAAACGCUGAACAAGAAGCUACCGGAAACCAUCAAAGAAGCUGAGAUGCUCGGGACGGACGUGUACGACAUUGCAGAUGCAUCUCCUGUUCAUGCUGAGCUGAUUCCACUUGAAUCUAAGUCCGAGACGAAAGAAGGCAAAGUUGAAGAUUCUAACAAUGUCCUACUUCUGUGAAACAAUACUCUGAAAUGAACCUAUCUUUAAGCCAAUUCCUGGACUCGGUGUCGUAAACUAAGAACGUCACUGUCCUGUAACAGAAAUAU